UAUACAGAAAGAUAACAAAACAAUUUGGUCUCCUCGUAAUCUCCUCUGUCUCCGAUAACUACACAACACAACACACUCUUUGCUCUCUCACUCUCAGUUUCUCUCAUGGCGACUUGUUUCACGCCAUUCUCGAUUUCAGUAGGUGGAUGUCAUCUCAAGUCACGUGAGCUGUGUUUAACAAAGCGUGAUUUAUCUGGGUUUGGACCUAAGCUUACUGUUCAAAGGAAACCAAACCUUGUGAGCAGGAAGAAACACAGUUCAUCAAUUUGUGCAGAAUACCGUGAUAAUAGAGGAGGAGGAGGUGGGGAUUUUGUUGCUGGCUUUCUUCUGGGUGGUGCGGUUUUGGGAACCCUAGCUUAUGUCUUUGCCCCUCAGAUCAGAAGAUCUCUGCUAAAUGAAGAUGAAUAUGGGUUUCGCAAGGCCAAAAGACCAAUAUAUUAUGACGAAGGGUUAGAGAGGACCAGGCAGACCUUGAAUGAAAAGAUAAGCCAACUAAAUUCUGCCAUUGAUAAUGUAUCUUCACGUUUGAGAGGUGGCAAUAACGUGCCUGCUGCACAGAGAGAAAGUGAUCCUGAAGUUGAAGCUACAAUGUGAGGCGCUUCCAGUUUGAUAAUGUCGUCAAUGAUGCAUUCAAGUAAUGGAAUAUAACGGAUUGAAAAACGACAAUGAUUUCCUCACCCCUUUCAGGAUUUUAUGGGUAGUUUUUUUUUUAUUAUUUCUUUACAAUUGAAACUUGAAAGGGUAAGGUCUUGGUGCUGGAAUAAUUUUGUCAAAGCUGUUAAAUUCUUGUUCUUGUGCAUGAUACAGUUUGGAUUAUUGAGCAUUAUAUCAUAGUCGGUGUAACGCUUCUCAUUUGAUUUCCUAAGCUUUGAUUGUCACUUCGCCGGUAAUCCUCGUUGGAU